AUGCCUGCUCCUCCAACACAUAUGCCGAGCUUCUACCACCAUCGCAAUCCGGCCAAAGAUCGUGACAGACCCAACGUCAUCUUUCUGUCCGAUAUUCCCGUCAAACUCACCGAGUGUGUGGCGUCUUUGCAUCUAUACCAAGGUGGACAGAAACGACGUGUUGUGGACUUGGCACAGAACAUAAGUAGAUUCGAGAUCACGCUUGAGCUCAAUGGGCUUCUCCUCCGAAAUUCACGCUUGACGCCGUCGGAAUUGGUCCGCAAGAACUUGAUCUUUGUGGCCAGAACAAAGGCCCCUCCAAAACUGCCCUGUAGACUGGUGUCGCAGUUUCCCGAGGUGUGGCAGUCAGUGCUUGCGAUGCGUACCGCACACGAAACUUUUGUAGUCAGUUUUACGUUGUCCAUUGCCGAGUUCACGGUGGACUUGGCGAACAUCAAAGAGACGGUUCUAAGAUUCAAAGACGACGAGAGCCUCGAAGCACUCAAUGCGUGCGACCCAGUGGUGCUUGCGCACGUAGAGGAUUAUGUUCUCCGCAAACUUGCGGCGGAAUUGAAGAAUGCCUCAGAUCUAUCACUCCACAUCCUAAACCCAGCAACCAUUCUUCAGCACCUGCCGCCCUUGGAACACACUUCCGAUUUGGAAGAUGUAUAUAGUUCGUGUUCUAUCCGCCUAGAUCCUAACCAACUGCUUGACGCAUCGUUCACCGAUAUUGAUCAGAGCUACCAACUUGAGAAGCAGCUCAUCUUCGCCGAGGAUACCGACUUCGAUGCCUCGGACGAUGAGCUUCGGCUUCUUCCCUCCGAUGAUAGCGCAAAGGGAACCGUGCAUGACGAUGACGAGCUCGAUCGUCUGUUCUCAAACGAGAGCCUCCCCCGCAUGAAUCUCGCCACCAUUUUGGGUCUGGAUAUCCAAGAUGGCACACAAGCUGUUGUUUUGCAGGCUCUAAAAAGCCACAAAGACGAGACCGCAGACUCGGUUGGUCUUGCUGCAGGCUUUGAGGAACGCCCCGCUGGCUCGUUGGGCAGCUCAACCCUUGAUGCAGUCAAUGAAUUUGACGAUGAGUUUGAUGAGGAUCUCGCUGAGCUAGAUGCGUCGCCAAUCAAACCAUCUAAAUCAAGCAUAUCAUAUCUGGGAGAUGCACGAGGACUGGUCUCCAAAAAACCAUCUUUAUCAUACAUUGAUCAUGACGAUAAACACGGCUUAGAGUACGCAUUCCGGAACAAGUCACCUGAGAUCCCCAAGUAUAUCAAAGAGGACAAAAAAUUCAAGUUCAUCAAAAUUGGCAAAGUACAGAAGUUCGUCAACAUGUUUGAGGAACAAAAGGAAAGCCAGGCUACGGGCUCUCGGGUAGGCAGCCGCGGAGGAAGUAGAGUGGGAAGCAGAACAGGGACACGGCCGGCCAGUCCAGUGAGAAGCUUCAGCUCGAAUUUGUAA